AGGAAUUUCCGGUUACGUCAGCGUGUCUGGACUCCAUUAGGGGGUUGCAGCUGUUGAGAGAAACAACAACAAAAACGGAGCGAUUGACGGAACUAUCACGGAGUCAGAGCGUUCUCAGCCGGGUUACGAAGUCUAAAUUCUGGGAGCUAAAACCUCCUUUCCCACCCGGGGCUUCGCCGGCUUCUAACCACGGCCGCUCUCGGUGAGGAAACUCUGGCCUCCGCUUCCUCCUCCUCCGACUCGGACACCGGCGGAGCGUCGCCGCCCCCACGGAAGAAACACCGAGCCUCGGCGGCGGAGGGAGCAGGAGAGUCCGGGGAUUCAACAGUUGCGACAGGCCUUUCUGGAGUUGUUUUGGGACUUGCUACUACUUCUCCACAUCACCAAGCCACCUCUGCUAUUCACUUUAACCGGACCCUUGUCAACAAUCUCAGCGGCAAUAACAUGCAGUCAAACGGGGCAGGACAGGAUUCAGAGCCUUCCUGCCUGAACAGCGCGCAAAACGGGGAGUCAUCCUCGGCUGGGGGAACKCACUUCAACGGGCUUCUGGUCAGCACAAACAAUGGGAAUAGUGUCGGUACCAAUAACGGAGCCGGACCGGGCUCAGGGACUUCCACAGCCUCUGGUUCGGAGGUCAGCUCCAUGAAAAAGAAAAAACGUCUUUCGCAGUCGGAGGAAGAUGUCAUCCGAUUAAUAGGACAACAUCUCCACGGGUUAGGGCUAAAUCAAACAGUGGACCUGCUAAUGCAGGAGUCGGGCUGCAGACUGGAACAUACCUCAGCCACAAAGUUCCGCAACAACGUCAUGGAGGGGGAGUGGGAAAAGGCUGAGAAUGAUCUCAACGAGCUGAGGGCACUGAUGCAUUCUCCCAACGCUAUUGUGCGUAUGAAGUUCCUGCUCCUGCAGCAGAAGUAUCUGGAGUACCUGGAGGACGGGAAGGUUCUCGAGGCUCUGCAGGUGCUCAGGGGAGAGCUCACGCCGCUCAAGUACAACACGGACCGCAUCCAUGUUCUCAGCGGGUAUCUGAUGUGUAGCCAUGCAGAGGACCUGCGCGCCAAGGCAGAGUGGGACGGCAAAGGCGCAAAUUCACGCUGCCGACUGCUGGACAAGUUACAGACGUACCUGCCCCCGUCGGUGAUGCUUCCCCCACGCCGGCUGCAGACCCUGCUGAGACAGGCUGUGGAGCUGCAGAGGGACCGCUGCCUCUACCACAACACCAAACUGGACAGCAGCCUGGACUCUGUCUCCCUGCUCCUGGACCACGUCUGCAGCCGGAAGCAGUUCCCGUGCUACACGCAGCAGAUCCUCACAGAGCACUGUAACGAGGUGUGGUUUUGUAAGUUCUCCAACAACGGCACCAAGCUGGCCACCGGCUCCAAAGACACCACCGUCAUCAUCUGGCAGGUGGACCCUGAGAGCCACCAGUUGAAGCUGCUGCGGACCUUAGAGGGCCAUGCCUACGGUGUGUCCUACCUGGCCUGGAGCCCUGACGACGCCUACCUGAUCGCCUGCGGACCCGAUGACUGCUCCGAACUCUGGCUCUGGAACGUCCAGACGGGCGAGUUGCGGACCAAGAUGAGCCAGUCCCACGAGGACAGUCUGACCAGUGUGGCCUGGAACCCUGACGGGAAACGCUUUGUCACCGGGGGACAGAGGGGGCAGUUCUACCAGUGUGACCUGGAUGGUAACCUGUUGGACUCGUGGGAGGGCGUGCGUGUGCAGUGCCUCUGGUGUGUGGGGGACGGCAGGACGGUGCUAGCGUCAGACACUCACCAGCGGAUCCGGGGUUACAACUUUGAGGACCUAACGGACAGAAACAUAGUUCAGGAGGACCAUCCUAUCAUGUCUUUCACUGUUUCCAAGAACGGAAGAUUAGCUUUGUUAAAUGUAGCAACUCAGGGAGUGCAUCUUUGGGACCUGCAGGACCGAGUGUUGGUGAGGAAGUACCAAGGUGUGACCCAGGGCUUCUACACCAUCCACUCCUGCUUCGGAGGCCACAAUGAAGACUUCAUUGCCAGCGGCAGCGAAGACCAUAAGGUGUAUAUCUGGCACCGCCGCAGUGAGCUGCCCAUCGCUGAGCUAACAGGGCACACUCGCACAGUCAACUGCGUUAGCUGGAACCCCGCCAUCCCAGGCCUCAUGGCCUCCGCCUCAGACGACGGCACUGUGCGUGUCUGGGGCCCCGCACCCUUCCUCGACACACAGGUGGUCGACGGGCUCAACGAGAACUGCAGCAACAUGGACAGUUGAUGGUGACGUUGGAAUGGAAAACUUAUUCUCUUUUACAACAAGAAAUAAAACCAACCAACAACAAAUAAACAUCAAAACGAGAACGAAAUCCAAAACCUGACAAAACUAAACAGAGAAAAGUAAAUCAAUUGUCUCAUGACCGGGCAAAACUAUGGAGGUGAGGAUGAAAACACUCUUACAAAACUAGGUCUUCAUCCAAAACCAGAACCAGUGACUUGGAAGACCAGUGACCUGGGAAAUCGAUCUGAUCCAUUACUCCCUGCUGGCUUCCUCCACCCCACCAAGGCCACAGCCACACCAGGGGCUCUCCCCUGAAUAUUCCUCUGGAAACCCACCUCUUCCCUGGGCCUCAGGCCCAGCAUCACGCCCCUGACCCCUUCAGACAGCCAUUACAGACCAUCUACACGGAUUGGACCGCGUCUGUCAUCUGUCUCUCUCACCUACCCGUGUGUGUCCAUGGGGAGGGUGGUGGGGUGUUAAAAGGGUGGAGGGGGUUAUAGCAACUCUUCCGUUUAUUAGUUUUUCUGUUCUCCUUUCGCUCCUUUCUUCGCACUUGAGUUGUUGGACGAAAGCAGAAAAUCAACACAAAACCAACCAACCGACAAAGAAAAACUCAAAGGCUAUGCUUACUUUGGAUUUUUUUACGAUAGUCAUAGCAUUCUUAUUGUUAUCAUUUAACAGGUGAAUCCUAGGGUUGAACUAGGAGUAGUGGCCGAGGAGUGCUUUAGUGUGAAGAAUACUCUCUCUCAAUUUGGAAAAGCUAUUUUUAUCCCUUGUUUGAAGUCUAACACGGACACACACGCGCCAAUGUCCCCCGAGUCGCACCCUCUGACUCCCCCUAUCUCCCACUUCCGAGCUUAAGCWAUGAACCGCACAGCUCACAGUUCCACUAGAUCUGCCUGUUGGGUGGGGGUAAAGGUCAGCUGUCAAAGGUGAGAGGUCAGUGGUAGCUGGUGUAGUGUGGUUGCGUCACUGCUGUAGGGCCAAGUGUGAAGCAGUCCUCGUGUUGAGUAUCUCUAAGAAUGACAUACUCUUGGAUGUAGAGGUCUGUACAUGCAACUAUUGCCGUACACUGAGGACUGCACCUGUCCUUCCUGUGUGUGUGUGUGGGUGAGCGAGCUUGUGUGUAUGGGUGAACUUCUGUGUGUUUGUUUAGGUGAGUGAAUGCAAGGGCAUGCACACCAGCAGAAGAUCAUGCUUUCCCCUCCUCCCCCAGUGAAAUUAUAAAGAGGAUUUUAAUCCCAUUCAGAAUUAAUCCAAAACCCCAGAGCGACCUCUAUCUGUGGAACAAAGAAUACUUGAGAGCCAUUUUGUAGAAACACAUUUUUUUUUUUUAACUUGGCCUUUUCUUUUUACAUUUGACUUUGCUUUUUUAUAUAUUUCUCCUUAACAACACCUACCAUUGGAAUGGCACUGAGAUACCGGAGUUGGAUCAAUUUUGUGGGAAAAUUCACAGAGUUCACAGACUUUACACAAACACCCUCGCCUGUCCCCCCCAGGCACACCCCCACAUGUACACCCAAAACACGCCGCUGAGAUCUACCCCUAGUCGCACCUGCAAAUGCUCAAUUCCAAUAUAACCUGCUCUUAGCUCCCACUUUGACAGAGCUGGAUAGGUAUAGGCAAGGUUUUAUGGGUGGAAGUGAUCAUAUUGGAAUCUAGCUCACGCCACACUUCCAUGCACCCUACACAGUACACAGUAGUACACCAUUCUUAAUGUUAAGCAUACAGAACCAAACACAACCUCCCACAUAUACACAGGCAUAGCUGCUCCAUCUUACAUAGGCUUACAGCCCUUACUUAGCAAGACUGAUUUCUGCACAACACCCCUUUCUCUCCAGCCAAGUCCUCCUUUUCAGUGAUGAAGGCACCAUACAGAGCUUUCUUCCUCCCAAUUCGGGGUAUGUAAUGACUAUUUGCUAUGGACUGAUAUUAAAUGUUUAAAAAGAACGCUUUUCUGUCAGUUUUUAUGAAAUAUUUUCUUACUUUCAUUUUUUGUUCUCAUAUCAUUUCAUUCUCUCUCCCUGUAUUAUCAUAUUAAAAUAUAACCAGACAACUGGUGUCCUAUAUUUUWUUUAAAUUCAUCUUAUGAUUAGUUUUGUCUUUUGGGUUUCAUUUUUACUUAUCCACUACUUCUUACAUAUUAAUAGUGAAUAUGCACAGUAACACUCAUGCCAAUAUGAGUGGGGUGAGUUAUGUUUUGGGAGUGUGUUACCUUAAGAAUCAGGUUUAAAAUGUCCACCUCUCGCCUUUUAAAAGUGAGACAUUGUGCAGUGAUUCAAUACCCGUGUCUCUGGAAUAUGUCCAGGACAGAAAAAUUCUUGCUUUUUUUGUGCCACUGUUGGUUGCGUUUGCCGUUUCUACCCCUACCAAAAUCAAAGCACUUGAGACUCAAUAGUGGCUCUGUGGGUGUGUGAGAUUCCAUGAUCUGUGUUUCACAUUCUGGAAUGGUGCUUUUCCCAUUCUAGAACCUUCCAUCUCUUGGACCCCUGAAUGGACUUGAACUGCCCAUCCACACCUUAUGUCAUGUCUGAGGAGUUGAGGCAAAUAAAAAGUGAAGAACCCAAAAGCUUUCACAAAGUUAUAAUUCACCUGCUGGUGACAUAUGCUAUGUCUGAAUGCAACUUGGUGUCUACUCUUCCUUUGUCUUGGAGUUUCUAGGACUGUUUAUGAUUUGAUACUAAUAACUAUCUUAUUUCUCUCUCUGGAGGUGGUGGGGCUGGGUGGGGGAGUAAGCGUUUACGGUAGCAGAUUAAAAGAGUAAUUGGGGGACGGGGAUCUGUUUGCGUUGUUUUAUUUACAAAAGUGAUUGUACUGUUUUGUAUCGAUGUGUAGGAGAAGUGUUGUGUGGAUAUUUUCAAUAAAGCUUUCAGGGUUUUGAAAAAGAGCUGUGGCCCAACAUGGAAGUAUCAAGGGGCUGGAUUACAGAUAUGGGAUCAGUUUACAUUAUCCAAUCCUAUCCACAGUUCCACAUAAUCAUGAGGGAGUACAGAGCUAAACUGACCUUUAGGUUUGUGUAAAGAGGCAACAUGUCUCGACAGACUUUAGAGGAAAGUUUAAGUUCUCAGACUGAAAGGAGCUCUCCAAUUUCCUGUGUUUAACUUUGUUUGUACUGUUGACUGGUUCACACACUUGAACAUUUGAUGACAUUUGGUGUAAUUCAGAGAAACAGCAUGGCAGCAAAGAGGCAUAGUGUGUGCAUCAGAGGGGAUCAAAUGCCAAAUUUGGGGAUAAACAAGAACUGUUACCAAUAAAUUGUGACUAUUUUAAGUUAAAAA